CGGAGACAAAAGCGGCUUUGAUUGAAAGGAAAAAACACUGAAAUAAAACUUAAUAUUUAAUAAAUCCGUGUUAAUAUUAACAAGCGAUUCAAGACAAGUAAUAAUUUAUACAGCAUCACGAUGGCUUCGUAUCAAAUCACAAAUUUACUGGAAAAAAUGACAUCCAAUGACAAGGAUUUCCGGUUUAUGGCAACAAAUGAUUUGAUGAGUGAACUCCAAAAAGAUAGCAUAAAGUUGGAUGAUGAAUCAGAAAAGAAAGUUGUAAAAGCUGUUUUGCGAUUGUUGGAAGAUAAAAACGGUGAAGUUCAAAACUUAGCAGUGAAAUGUCUUGGACCACUCGUCAACAAAGUUAAAGAACUUCAAGUUGAAACAAUUGUCGACACUUUAUGCUCGAAUAUGGUGAGCAACAAUGAACAACUCCGUGAUAUAUCAAGCAUUGGAUUGAAAACUGUCAUCUCAGAAUUGCCACAAAAUUCCUCAUCAUUAGUUCCCAAUGUUUGUCAAAGAAUCACAGGAAAGCUUUCCAAUGCUAUAAAGAUGGAUGACGUAUCAGUUCAGUUAGAAGCUUUAGACAUUCUUGCUGAUUUAUUGUCACGAUUCGGUGAUUUAUUGAUUCCAUUUCACGAAGUGAUUCUUUCAGCUUUGGUUCCUCAACUCGGCUCAGCACGGCAAGCUGUCCGCAAACGUACAAUUGUUGCAUUGUCAUAUCUCCUCACAACAUGCAGCAAUGAAGCUUACAACGAAGUUAUUCUCAUUCUCCUCAAUGGCUUAGAGAAGCCUCAAAAUCCCGGCACAAUUCGCACAUACAUUCAAUGUUUAGCAUCAAUUUGUCGUCAAGCUGGACAUCGUUUAUGUCACAUUGAUCGUGUCAUGCAAUUAUUGAAUCAAUACAGUCAACGGGAUGAUGAUGAAUUACGUGAAUUUUGUUUACAAGCAUGCGAAGCAUUUGUGCAAAGAUGUCCGGAAGCAAUCAAACCUCACAUCCCGUCGAUUGUGGAUUUGUGCUUGAAAUACAUAACAUACGACCCCAAUUAUAAUUACGAAGCUGAUGACGGUGAGCCAGGCUUUCAAAUGGAAACAGAAGAUGAUGAUGAUGAAGGAAGCGAAGAAUACAGCGAUGAUGAUGACAUGAGCUGGAAAGUGCGACGAUCAGCUGCAAAAUGUUUGGAAUCUGUGAUAUCAACACGUCACGAAUUAUUGGAAGAUUUUUAUCGUCAACUUUCACCAGCUUUGAUAGCAAGAUUUAAGGAGCGUGAGGAGAACGUAAAGUCAGACAUUUUUCAUGCAUAUAUUGCUUUGUUGAAGGCAACACGUCCAGCUGAUGACAUCUCGCGUGAUCCCGAUGCAAUGGAUGAUAUUCCAAUUCAAAUUCAGCUUCUACAAGAACAAAUUCCAGCAAUUGUUAAAGCUGUUCAACCAUUAAUGCGAGAGAAAUCUGUGAAGACUCGUCAAGAUUGCUUUCUACUGUUACGUGAACUUUUGAAUGCAUUUCCAGGUGCUUUAGGCAGUCACAUUGAUCAACUUAUGUCGGGUAUUCAUUAUUCGCUUAGUGAUAAGAACACAACAUCGAAUAUGAAGAUUGACGCUUUGGCAUUCGUUCAUCACAUGCUAACCGGUCACAAUCCUCAAGUUUUCCACCCACACAUUCAAGUUUUAGUUCCAUUAAUCGUCAAUUCAGUGUUUGAUCCAUUUUAUAAGAUUGCGACUGAAGCACUUUCAGUUCUUCAGCAAUUAGUUAAAGUCAUUCGUCCACUUGAAAUGACUACAACAUUAGAUUUCGCUCCCUUUGUUCCCGAACUUUAUAGUUGCACAUUACAGAAGUUGAAAUCACCGGAAGUUGAUCAGGAAGUGAAGGAACGCGCAAUUGCAUGUAUGGGACAAAUAAUUUCAAAUAUGGGUGAUGCUUUACAACAAGAACUUGUUACAUGUUUGCCAAUCUUUAUGGAACGUUUACUUAACGAAGUCACAAGAUUAAGUUCAGUUAAAGCUUUAACAAUGAUUGCAGCAUCGCCGCUUUGCAUUAAUCUCAGUCCGAUAUUGAACGAUGUGAUUCCAGCAUUAGGAAGCUUCCUACGAAAGAAUCAAAGAGCUUUGAAGUUGAAUUCUUUGACAUUAUUGGAGACACUUGCCAAUAAUUAUGCAAACUGUUUUGAGCCUCGCUUACUUCAAGUUGCAAUCGCUGAACUUCCACCACUUUUAAGUGAAUCUGAUCUUCAUGUUGCACAACUUUCAUUGGUUCUUUUAACAACAACAGCCAAGAAGCAACCGCAAGCAUUGAAAGAUGUUCACAAUGCAAUUCUUCCGGAAAUUAUGAUAUUGGUGAAGUCACCGUUGUUGCAAGGAACAGCAUUAACAUGUACAUUGAACUUAUUUCAAGCUUUAGUGCAAGCAAAUCUUCCCGGAUUGACAUAUCGUCAUCUUCUUGCAAUGCUCAUGCAACCGAUUAACGAACUUCAACAAAAUCAACUCAAUAAGCAAGCUUAUCAUUCAUUAGCUAAAUGCAUUGCUGCACUUACACUUCAAAUGCCAUCAGAAGCUGUUACGAUCGCUAAUGAAUUCUUAUUGGGAAUACAAUCACGCCGUAGUGAUUAUCAUUUGAUCUUCUAUUUGUUAACGAUUGGAGAGAUUGGAAGAUAUUUUAAUUUAUCAUCAAUUGAUUCAUUACCACAAACAAUGUUGAAUUGCUUUGUGUCACCAUCGGAAGAUGUGAAAGCAGCUGCAAGUCAUGCACUUGGUGCUGUUGCUGUUGGUAAUCUUGCUUACUAUCUUCCAUUCAUUUUAAAAGAGAUUGAAGCACAACCAAAGCGACAAUAUCUUCUUCUUCACUCACUCAAGGAAGUCAUUUCAUCGUUAUCAACAUCGAAACAAGGAUUGGAUCAAUUGAUGGUGUCAGUGCCAACAAUUUGGUCACAAAUGUUUAAGCAUUGUGAAUGUCCUGAAGAAGGUUCAAGAAAUGUUGUCGCUGAAUGUUUGGGAAAACUUGUGAUGGUCAAUCCUGAAGAUCUUUUGCCUCGAUUACAGCAAGCAUUGAAAAGUGACAGUCCAUUGAUGAGAACAGCAGUUGUGUCGGCUGUUAAAUUUACAAUCUCCGAUCAACCACAACCAAUCGAUUCAUUGUUGCGUCAAUCUAUUGGACAAUUCUUAUUUGCACUUCAAGAUCCUGAACCUUCAGUUCGUCGCGUCGCUCUCGUUGCAUUUAACUCAGCAGUUCAUAACAAACCGAGUUUGGUUCGUGAUUUACUGCCGGAACUUCUUCCUCAACUUUAUUCCGAGACUCGAGUGAAGAAAGAGUUGAUAAGAGAAGUCGAAAUGGGUCCUUUUAAGCACACUGUUGAUGAUGGUUUGGAUAUUCGUAAAGCUGCAUUUGAAUGCAUGUACACACUACUUGAACAAGGCUUAGAUCGUGUUGAUAUUAUGCAAUUUUUGGAACAUGUCAUUGCUGGAUUGAAGGAUCAUUACGAUAUUAAAAUGUUAACUUAUUUGAUGACAGCACGUUUAGCUCAUCUCUGCCCAGCUGCUGUUUUACAAAGAUUGGAUCAAUUCGUUGAACCUCUACGAUUAACAUGCACAUUGAAAGUGAAGCCAAAUUCUGUUAAGCAGGAAUAUGAGAAACAAGAUGAACUUAAACGAUCAGCACUGCGAGCUGUCGCUGCCCUUUUACAGAUUCCCAAAGCUGAUAAAAAUCAACAUCUUCUUGAUUUUCUUACAUUGAUUAAGAAUUCAACAGAACUUCAACCUUUGUUUGAAUCUGUCCAACGUGACUCAAGCUCAAUUGUUCACGGCAUUGGUGAUUCCUUAUCAAUGGAUCAAAGUUAAACUCACAGGAAAAAGAUGAAGCUCUUGUGAAUUGCUUCGAUCUUUAAAGUUAUUUUAUAGUACUACGGUGUUUUUUUUAAUUAGGGUGAUAUUUUUUGAUUUCGCUUCCCCUUUUUACAUCUGAAGUGCAAAAUAAAAUUUUUCACGUCAUCCGAGAAUGAUGAAAUUUUCGUUAUUUUUAUUUUUCAACUCCUCGACUGCAGUCGACUGUAAUUAAAUAAAACACGAGAAGUGACUUUGGAGUUUAACGAAAUCAAAAUAUUACCCUAAAAAAUAUCCCUUUGAAUAUGAUUGAAGUUUUGUGUAAUCGUCUCACGUUGUGUUGACGAAAAAAUAAAAAUAAAAAUAAUUAAAAGGGAAAAUAAGAAAACAAAAGAAGAUUUUCAAAUGACUAUGCAGAUUCAAAUUUAAAAUAAGAAGAAAAAUCCAUUGAAGAAAAAAAAAAAUUUCAACAUUGGAAGUUACAAUCAUUUUCUAAUUAAAUUACAAAAUAUUUGUUUUCUUUUUUUCAUCAAUUCAUAAAAAUGUAUGGAAAUUUUCUUUGUCAUGGAAAAUAAAUGAAAAUGAACAAAACGAAUUGAUUUUUUUUGUCAUGGGGAAAGGUUGGGGUUGGUGAAGAGUUUCAAAUCCACUUUGAAGCUUUCAGGAGACUUUUGAUAGCAAAAUAUAGAAUUUAUUUUAAUUCAAAAAUAAAGAUU